ACCACGUGGGUGGUGGAGGCCGUGACGUCACAGGUUUCAGCGCAGAGGGUGUCUCGAAGCGCAGUGCGCGAGCUGGUGAGCGAGCGGACUGGUUUGGCCGUUGGUUGGCUAAUUGGCACCUGGACGGAGCGUUGUCUCGCGGGCAGCUGACCGUUGGGCAAGAGCGGGAAAAGCCCAGUAUAUAAAGAGCCUUCUUCCUCCCAGAAUCCCCAUGUUGCUCCAGGAGACCAGCGCUGGGGACCGCCUGACACGAGCAGCAGCUCAGGGAGACCUCUCGGAAGUCAGGAGACUUCUCCACCAGGAGCGGAUCCACCCUGACUGUCUCAACAGCUUUGGGAAGACUGCUGUUCAGGUUAUGAUGUUUGGCAGUACACCAGUGGCAUCAGAACUCCUGAAGCAAGGAGCCUCACCCAAUAUUCAGGAUACCUAUGGCAUAACCCCGGCACAUGAUGCUGCUCGCACUGGCUUUCUGGAUACCCUGCAAGUCCUAGUUCAGCAUGGAGCUGACCUUAACACCCCUGAUGCCUCUGGGUCCCUGCCUAUCCACCUUGCUCUCCGUGAAGGCCACAUUCCUGUUGUUGCGUACCUUGCUUCUCGCUCUGACUUGGAGCACUCAGAUCGUGAAGGCCACACACCACCACAGCUGGCUGCCAUCUUAGAUCCUCACCUGGCAGCCAUCUUGGAACUUAGCACGUAGAGGACACACAUUUACGCUACUUGAAGUGCCACAGGAACAAUUGGCAUGGAACUCUGUACCAUGGCCUAAUGCAGUACUUGUACUAAUCAUUUUAUAGAUGCUCUUUAUCUCUGUCUAGGGCAAUGUGUCCAUUGGUAAGAAUAUUCAGCGUUAUUUUUACUCCCCACGUAAAAAAUGGGUCUGGCCUGGUAUCAUUCAUUGUGUGGGAUGUAAAAUAACAAUGUAAAAUAACGAGGUGUGUAUGUAUGAUUGGGCUGGACAGUUGCCCUCUUCAGCUGCCAUGCUGAACCUCCAAUCACUCUCAAUCAAAACGUGAAUUUUAGCUCAUUCACAGUUCAUUGGACAGUAUUUCCUCAACCCUGCUUUGAAAAUAGUGAUGGGUCAAUGCUAAUGGUUUCUGAGCACUUCUGUGUUUGCAUGCGUGUGUGUGUGUCUUUGUAUAGUGUGUGCAUGCAUGUGUACAAUAUGUGUUUGCUUGGUUACGUACAGUUAUUUUAAUACUCAGGUCAUGUUUAUGUUCCUUAUUUGCACUCUUUCAAACUAUACUUGGACAAUAUUUCCCCCUAUCCAUAAUGCAUUAGCAAAUAUGCAUUGGGUUUUAUUGAGUAAAUUGGGAAUGGUGAAAAACAAAAUUGCAACUAUUGAGAUGGCCAAGCUAAAAGAAUAUCCACAUUGAAAAAUUAUUCUAAUCUAGCCUAAAAUGUGUGAUUAUUGUACACAAUUCCUAGUUUAAUAAAUAAAUCCCAGAGUCUAUAAAUGUGUAAUCCCUACAUCUAAUGACAUUUUCCAUGACCUCUAUUGCCUAAUUUGUAUUUUUUUUUUUUUAAAUCUCAGUUUUAAUCAGAUUAAAAAUACAAACUGUAUUUAAAAAAAGAAAAAAGUCACUUCUUUAGAAGAUAUCAGAAAUGUGAAAAUAUCAGCAUAUUGUAGCUGUGUAGAAUUCUUACUGUGGCUUCGCACAUUGCCCCGCCAUACUGCUUUUCGGGAGGGGCUCAUUAAAGAAGGGUCAUGAAGUCUUCUUUAGUCCACAUAGAACGAGCAUCAGAAAAAUGAGCAGUUGACAUAUCUCCAAAUAAAGAAUUUUCACUUAUCCCUCUCACAUAAUGAAUUGUAAAUCCCCUCACGCCUCUGCAAAACAUUCAUCCACAUUUCUCAACAAUCUGUGUGGGAGGCCUGUGAUAUUUCUAAACUGCUUAACUGCUGCCUUCAUUGUAAUUAGGGACCAUGGCGAUGAUGCAGAAACACAUUGUACAUAACCCUAUGCUAACCAUGGGUUUCUGUAAAGGCUCAAAUGGGAAACAGGGGGACUGAGAUGCUGCAAUCAUUAACAGUAUAUGUGUCGGACGAUAAAAAACACAUUGUAGAACAAUGAUGUGUUCACCCCUGUUUUGCUACUUCUUGCAAUAAAAUUUGCAAAAGUGCAUUUGAGCAGUUUAGAAUAAAGCUACAGAAAUGGCCAUGGAUACGUCACAGAAUGAUGUAAAAGAGAAGGGAAGUUGUACAGCUUGUGUGCUCUGAGCAGGCACACACUCAUGAUUAAGAGACGGGUGGGCUUAUAGCUACAGAGUUUUUUGCAAGGUGCUUAAGUCAUAUAAGUAACUCGAAGAAAGCAGACCAGGGACAUCCUGAUGGGAUCUAUUAAAAAAAAUAAUUCCAGUAGUUUUCUAACAAUAUACAUAUUUAUUCUUGUCUCAUACUUUAGAAUAAAAUAAUAGCUUUCAAAAGGACAGGCGCACUGGAAAAAGAAAGUAUCUAAUUCUAAUAAACUAUUAUGCUAACCAGCAUCCAUAGCCUUUGCGAUUUGUGCAGAGCUCUUAAUCCUGUAAUAUAAUUGCUCUUCUGGCAAAUGUGCACGUUGGGUGCUUAGCAUGCAGUUUACCGUGGUGACAAUUAAAACCCCAGGUAUAAAGUUUAAAAUUACAGACUCCGUUUGCUAAGCUCAGUCCUGUGCAGUGCACAGUUUAGUCAUCAAUGUUCUUGUUAAACUUGUGAUUCAGGAAAAACUCUGAGGAGUUUUACUGUAACUUAGAAGUUAGUUUGCAAUAGGGCUCUGCUGAGUCCCUUCUGUUUUCAGGGAAGGUCUAUCUUUUAAUCCCCUUUGACUUAAUAUUAAACUCUGCAGCAUCCAAACUGUCUAUGUAUCCUGCGGAACUCUCAUUACCUAUCUGGACAAUUUCAUAAACAGUGGAGGACUUGCAUCCAUCACUUAUCUUGUUUGCCAUGAACACUUUUAUUUCUCCAAUUGUUGUAUAAGACCCUCGGUAACUUUACGAGUAUAGGGUGCUAAAAUCCCAUGUGAAUACUUGCCACUUUACAGUCUUAUUCAAUAUUGCCAUUUUCUUGAUUCUUGAAGAGUUAAUAAAAUACACAGGUAAUUUUAACAAAUGUAUGGAUGAAUGAAUUGCACAUCCAAAAACAAACUGCACAAUGAUUACAAACUGUAUUAAAUAUGUUUUAUUAUAAAUACAAAUUAAUUU